GAACAGUUCUUGAAUGAGAGAAUUAAAGUCAAUGGAAAAACAGGAAACCUGGGAAAUGUAGUUCACAUUGAACGCUUUAAAAAUAAGAUCACAGUAACGUCAGAAAAGCAGUUCUCAAAAAGGUACCUUAAAUAUCUCACGAAGAAGUACCUCAAGAAGCACAAUCUUCGUGACUGGUUGCGUGUGGUAGCAUCCGACAAGGAGACCUACGAGCUGCGUUAUUUCCAGAUCAGUCAUGAUGAUGAAGGGUCUGAAGCUGAGGAAUAAAUGAGUUUAUAAAUGGAGCAUCUUGUUCCUGGAUGAAGAGAGUAUAUACACAAUCAACUAUUUAUGAGCAUGCACUAACUUAUUGCCAAACAGAUCUUGUAUGCUUUUUGAAAUCUCCUGUCACCUCUGAGAUAUAUUUUAAAAAGUAUCAUUAAAUGGCUAUUCUGAGAAAAA